AUGGAUGAGGCCAUGGGUUUGCUCUUUUUAUAUGUCUCCGACAGUCUUCUGCUUCAUCUUGAUGAGUUUCUCACUCCUCAGGCUAUGUGGUUGAAGUUUGAGUCUCUCUUCAGGAGGGUGAAUGAGAUUCAGACAUUACAGAUUGAGCUGAAGCUAUCUAUUACGAAAUAUCUGCUUCACCACACUCCAAAUUUAGAACGGCAGACAUUUUCCUUAUUUGGUGUAAUCUGUGACUUACAUAUGCUGCAGCACUCCACAUCUCAGAGCCGACGGGAAAUAUUGUACAUCACCAUUUAUCUGUCUGUUGACGCACAAAAUUGUAGUACAAUGGGCAAUUUUAAGUCUUUUGUAAUGUGUUGUGUAUUGAUUUCAGCUCUUCCUGCUGCACUGUGUUGGGGAAAAGAAGGCCAUGAAGCCGUAUGCAAGAUUGCUCAGGACCUUCUAAGUAAAUCAGCAGCAGAUGCAGUGCAGCAACUGCUUCCAGGUGAUCUUUCUUCCCUCUGUUCAUGGGCUGAUGAGGUUAAGUUCAAAUACCCCUGGAGCCGUCCACUGCAUUUCAUUAAUACACCGGAUUCCAGGUGUAAUUAUGACUAUUCUAGGGACUGUCAUAGUGAGGAGGGGGAAAAAGAUGUGUGUGUGGCAGGAGCCAUCAAUAAUUACACUUCUCAGCUUACAACAUAUGACACGUCUGAUGUGAAAUAUAAUUUGACAGAAGCAUUGCUUUUUCUGUCUCAUUUCAUGGGAGACAUCCAUCAGCCUUUGCAUGUUGGAUACACUGGAGAUAAAGGAGGAAACACAAUAAGUGUACACUGGUAUAGGCGAAAGACUAAUUUGCAUCAUGUAUGGGAUUCUUCAUUAAUUGAAACAGCAAUCAAAGACUAUUAUGACUCUGACCUUGCUCUUAUGAUACAAGGAAUUCAGACAAACAUAAGUGAUACAUGGUCAAAAGAUGUGCCUAAAUGGGAAAAAUGCAGCACAAAUAAACUUGCUUGCCCAAAUCCGUAUGCAUCUGAAAGCAUUGGUUUAGCUUGCGAGUGGGCAUACAGCAAUGUUACUGAAGGCAGCACUUUAGGAGAUGACUAUUUCCUCUCUCGACUUCCUAUUGUUGAGGAGCAACUUGCAAAAGGAGGUGUGAGGCUGGCUGCAACACUUAAUCGCAUUUUCCCUUAA